AUGGCCAAUCUGUCUAAAUCCACGCCGACCUCCUUCGCCCGCCCAAACCCAUCGCUCUCCUUUUCGAUCGCUUGCGAUGGGACGAAACGGCAAAAGGUAGAGUGCCCGCAUCCCGCGAUCCAUGAAGGCAAGUGUUUGUUGUGCGAAAGCGCUGUCGACGAUGAUCACAGCGUUGCCUUUGGCUUCCUUCAUCCUUCUUUUAGGCUUAGCUACGAGUUCGCCGAUAAGAUGCGUGAGCUGAGCACCACGGCCGCAAUAGGGUUGAAGAAGCUUCACUUGGUCCUCGACUUGGACCACACCCUCCUCCACACCGUCCGGCUCUUCAAUCUCACCCCCGAGGAGGAGGACCGACUCAUUCCCGAGGCCGAGCGGAACGCAGUAGGUGGUCCGGAGGGCCAGGGCGACGUCUUCUUGACCGGGUCAGAGACCAGCGAGGGUUCCAUCACCAAGCUGAGGCCGUUCGUGCGGGAGUUCUUGAGAGAGGCCCAUGAGAUGUUCGAGCUCACGGUCUACACGAUGGGUGGCCGUGUGUAUUCAUCCAGGAUGACGAAGCUGCUGGACCCCGAUGGGCUAUACUUCAGCGAUCGGGUGAUUGCACGGGAGGACUGCACGGUCAGAGGCCGCAAGAGCCUCGACAUGGUCCUGGCCAAAGAAUCCAACAUACUGAUCAUGGACGACACCGAGACCGUGUGGCCGGAUCAUGCAGCCAACCUGAUAGCGAUCGAGCCAUUUUACUUCUUCUCUCACGGAAGCAAGAAGCGGUGUGUGCGGCCCAGCUUCGGUCACGAUGGCGAGCAAGACAGCGUGUUAGCAACCACUCUUCAGGUUCUCAAGGAAAUCCACCGGCGUUACUUUGACUCGGAGCCAGGAAUCAAGGGCAGGGACGUGCGGGAGGUUGUGCAACAGGUCCAGAGCCGAGUCCGCAAUAUAUCUGGUGAUCAAGCUUCUCCUGGAGAUGCACUGUAA